AUGAACAUUUCAGCAUUACUUGCUGCUCAUAGAAGAAAAAUGCGGAAGACAAUUCUUGAUAAUAGGCGAACAAAGUCAAAUAAAAGAAGAAGUGCACCAAGUGGUAGAGGAUCCUCUAAAAUUGUUAACAAAUCUCAGUUAACCGACGAAGAAAAUUAUAAUCCUAAUCUUCCUUCGUCAUCUAAUAGUUUUCAGACAGUGCGUAACUUUACAUCUUUAACAACGUCAACACCCUUAAGUGGCAUAACAACUGGUGCUAUUACUUUUAAUAACCAAUCAACCCAUACGCCUAGCAGUUCUCAGUUUUCUAUUGUUUCAAACAUUGUAACACAAAACAGUAACAACAUUCUUCGAUCUUCUUCUACGUUGACUAAGCUUAAAUCUGGUAAACAAAAGGUUUUACCUAAGAAACGUAUUAUCGAACCUAUUCCAAUGGUAGAUCUUACUUCUGAUGACGACAAUGAAAAUUUACAUUCCAUUGAAGACCCUUAUAAAGGUGUAUCCACAGAUUAUUUGGAUCACGGUAAUCAAAUCCUUAGAUGCGAGAUGUGUCAUUCAUUAUUAUGGUCUGACGAAGGUGGUAAAGGUCGAAUUACAUUGGGUAAGUUAACUUACAGUUUAUGUUGUGGUUAUGGCAAAGUGGAGCUUCCAGAUUUGAAAGAACCUACUUCAGUAUACAAGGAUCUAUUUGGAAAUUCUAAUGAAAAAAGUAAGUACUUUUUAAAGAAUAUCCGACGAUACAAUUCUAUGUUCUCCUUUACAUCAAUGGGUGGAAAGGUAGAUUCGAGUAUCAACAGUGGUAAGGCACCAUAUGUAUUUCGUAUUAGUGGACAGAAUUUCCACACAUUAGGUGGUUUGGUACCUGCACCUGGUAAAGAUCCAAAGUUCUCCCAGCUUUAUAUUUACGAUACUGAUAAUGAAGUUUCAAAUCGGAAAAGGUUGUUCAGUGAAUCUACAAAUAAGUCGGAUUCUCAUUUAAAGCAAUUAGAUAUUCAGCUCAUAAAGUUUUUAAAAGACUUCCUGGAUCAUAAUAAUGAGUUGGUUAAAAGUUAUAGAAUUGCAAGAAACCACUUCAAUGAGAAUCCUAAUGAAAAUUUCAAGCUUCGUCUCAUUUACAAAAGAGAUCUUGACGGUCGUACUUACAACUUGCCCUCAACUUCAGAAGUUGCUGCAUUGAUAGUUGGUGAUCUACAUAAAAUAAUUGAUCAUCGUGAUAUUGUUGUUGAGUCUCAUACUGAAGGUCUUCAACGAAUCAGUGAACUUCAUCCAUCAUAUCUAGCACUUCAGUAUCCAAUCCUUUUUCCUAAUGGUGAUGAUGGAUAUAGAAUAGACAUUCCUCAUAGGGAUGGUAUACGUACGUUAAAGAAAAUUCGACCCAAGUGUACAAUGAGAGAAUUCUUUGCUUAUAGAAUUCAAGAUCGAUCAUCUGCCUUUUCUAUAAUUUUAAAAGCUCGGAGAUUGUUUCAACAAUUUUUGGUAGAUGCAUAUACCAUGAUUGAGAGUGAAAGGCUUAAUUAUAUUCGUUUUCAACAGAAACAUCUAAGGUCUGAAACAUAUUCAAAUCUUCAAAACCUGAAAAACGAAGGAAAAGAUGAUCUAUCAAAUACUGGUAUACGUGUUUUAUUACCAUCUUCUUUUACCGGCGGAUCACGCUAUAUGCAACAAAACUAUUUAGAUGCUAUGGCUAUAUGUAAAUGGUUUGGAUAUCCCGAUUUUUUUAUUACCGUUACAUGUAAUCCGAAGUGGCCAGAGAUUAAACGAUACUUGAGAAAUACUUCAAUUAAGCCUGAAGACAGGCCAGACAUUUUGUGUAGAUUGUUUAAAAUAAAGCUCGAUUCACUUACAAAAGAUCUAAAGGACAAAAAAGUAUUUGGAGAAUUAAGUGCAGCCGUUUAUACUGUGGAGUUUCAAAAACGUGGAUUGCCUCAUGCUCACAUUUGCAUUUUUUUGAAACCGGAAUCCAAAAUUUUGUCCGUUGAUCAUCUUGACAAGUUCAUUUCUGCUGAGAUACCUGAUAAGAGAGAAGAUCCAAGCCUAUAUGCACUUGUGACUGAUUUCAUGAUUCAUGGUCCAUGUGGAAAUGCAAAUCCGAGUUGUCCUUGUAUGGUUGAUAGUAGAUGUUCAAAAAACUAUCCCAAAAAAUUCAACGCUGAGACCACCACUGAUGCUGACGGUUUCCCUGUAUAUAGAAGAAGAGACAAUGGAAACACUGUUACAAAGUCCAACGUUCAAUUAGACAACAGAAGUGUUGUUCCUUAUAGUCCGGUUCUUUUGAAAAGAUACCAAGCUCACAUUAAUGUUGAAUGGUGCAAUCAAGCUGGUUCUAUUAAAUAUUUGUUCAAGUACAUUAAUAAAGGCGCAGAUAGAGCUUCCCUUGUAGUGUCAAACCGAGACGGUACAGAAAAUGAACAAACAACAAAGGAUGAGAUCAAAGCGUAUUAUGAUUGUAGGUACGUUUCGGCCUGUGAAGCUUCUUGGAGGAUAUUUGCAAAUGAGGUUCACUUUAGGUUUCCUCCGGUCAUGAGACUUCCUUUUCAUCUUGAAGGUCAACAAAAUGUUGUAUUUGGUGCCGAGGACGAUAUACAAGAAGUUUUGGAUAAGCCAUCAGUUUCUUCUUCGAUUUUUCUAAAGUGGUUUGAGAUGAACAGAAACGAUGAAAAUGCACGGAAACUUACCUAUGUUGAGUUUCCUACUAAAUUCUGUUGGAAGUUAAGAGAUAGAGUAUGGAAACCACGUAAAAGAAAGCUGUUACAGAUCGGACGGAUUCAUUCUGUUUCCCCUGCUGUGGGUGAACCGCAUUUUCUUAGAAUUCUCCUAAACAAAGUCAAAGGACCCAAGUCGUUUGAAGAUAUUAGAACUGUUGAUGGUCAGUUGUUUCCAACUUUCAGGGACGCGUGUUAUGCUAUGGGUUUGUUAGAUGAUGACAUGGAGUACAUUGAAGCAAUUAAGGAAGCAAAUUUUGCGGGUGAUGGUCGUUAUACCCGUGCACUUUUUGUUACUUUGUUGUUGUCAAAUACAUUGUCAAGACCUGAAUAUGUAUUUGAACAAACAUGGAAAUUAUUGGGCGAUGACAUAUUAUACAAUAGAAGAAGAUCAACAAAAAACAAAGAACUUGUAAUGUCUGAUGAGAGGUUGAAGAAUCAGACAUUGGUUGAAAUUGAAAAGUACCUGAUUCGAAAUGGUUCCUCUUUGACACGAUGGCCGACAAUUCCUUAUCCUGAUUACGAUUCCUUUGCUGCUGGAAACAAUCGUUUGGUUGACGAAGAAUUAUCUUUUGAUAUUCCGCAGCUUCAGAGUGAGCUACAUACUCUUAUAUCUUCAUUGACUGACGAACAAAUGUGCAUUUAUACUCAAAUUAUGAAAGCAGUUGAAGAUGGAAAAGGAGGUGUAUUUUUUGUAUAUGGAUAUGGUGGAACAGGUAAGACAUUUCUCUGGAAAACUUUAGCUUUAUCCGUUAGGUCUAGAGAACAGAUCGUUCUAAAUGUUGCUUCGAGUGGUAUUGCUUCUUUGCUAAUGUCAAGAGGUAGAACGGCACAUUCUCGAUUUCACAUUCCCAUAAAUUUAGACGAGAGUUCGAUGUGUCACAUAAGGGCUGAUGGUGAUGUAGCCUACUUGCUUAAGCAUACUAGGCUAAUUAUAUGGGAUGAAGCACCCAUGGUACAUAGGCAUGCGUUCGAAGCUUUAGACCGAACCUUUAAAGAUGUUUUGGUUGACAAAAGCAAUUCUCAGUCGGAUGUUUUAUUUGGAGGUAAAGUAAUUGUGUUUGGUGGUGAUUUUAGGCAAAUUCUUCCUGUUAUUCCAAACGGAAGUAGGCAAGAAAUUGUUAAUGCUUCCUUGAGUUCAUCUUACAUAUGGUCACAUUGUAAAUUACUCACCUUAACAAAAAACAUGAGGUUGACUAUCGGUGCUUCACAAUCCACAAUGGUGGAGACUGAGAAUUUUGCCAAAUGGCUUCUUGAUAUUGGGGAAGGUAAAGUUGGAGGUGACAACGAUGGCGUUGCAAUUGUAGAAAUACCUUCUGAAUUACUAAUUACAGAUUCUUCCGAUCCCAUUGAAAGUUUAAUUCGAUUUGUGUAUCCGUCGGUUUUAGAAAGAUAUAUGGAUCUAGAUUAUUUUUCUGAAAGAGCCAUUCUGACUCCGAAAAAUGAGGUCGUUCAUGAAAUAAAUGAUCGAUUGUUAGAGUUGUUUCCUGGUGAACCAGUAGAGUACCUAAGUUCUGAUACUAUAUGUGAAACUGAAAAAGGUAUUGAUUCCUUCCAACAAGAGUUGUAUUCACCUGAUGUUUUGAAUGGUUUAAAGAUAUCUGGUUUGCCAAAUCAUCGUCUGGUUCUAAAAGUUGGCGUUCCUAUUAUGCUUCUUAGGAACAUUGACCAACAGAAUGGAUUAUGUAAUGGUACAAGGUUAAAAGUUACAUAUCUUGGAAAGAGGGUUAUGGAAGGUGAAAUUAUAUCAGGUGCUAAUGUUGGAACUAGAACGUUCAUUCCAAGAAUUAGCAUGAUUCCAUCCGACAAAAAAAUACCUUUUGCUUUUCAAAGACGACAAUUUCCUGUUGCUGUGUGUUUUGCGAUGACAAUCAACAAGAGUCAAGGCCAGUCUUUGUCUAAGGUUGGUCUUUAUUUAAAAGAACCAGUUUUCACACAUGGCCAGUUAUAUGUGGCAUUAUCUAGAGUUAAAUCAAGACAAGGGGUGAAGAUAUUAAUUCUAGAUAAGGAUGGGAAACCUACUAAUACAACAACCAAUGUUGUUUAUAAAGAAGUGUUCACUCACCUUUGA